AUGGCAUGUGCAUGCGACCUACCCGCUCAACGACUGACGACUUCCCAGUCCGACUCGUCACUCUUCAUUGUGCCACCUCUCGAUGAAGCUAUCUCUUUUCCCUCUUCUGGUUGGCCGAGACAUUUGCGUAGGGCUUGGAUCUGCUUUUUGAGGAAUUCGCAUUCCUUCAACUCUUUUCUGAGACGAUUAGCGGAAGCUAUGACACCAUUUGCUUUGUCUAGUUCACUUUCCAAGUGAGCGACUUUGUCCUUAUAGAAAGAUUCCCGCUCGUUGACACCCAUCUCAAUCUGCGAUAGGAGCAAUGACAAAGUUUGGAAUGAGCUUCUGUAGUUUUCCAGUUCCUCCCGCAUCUCUUCAUUCGUAUUACUUGCUCCAUUGACCUCACGACUUUUCUUUUCCUUGUUGAGAGCGGUUCUCAAUGACUUUGCUAAUCUCUUGACAUAG